AUGGCUAUUCUAUCUCGAACAUCGACUGAUCUUAUGUUAUCGCUAAAGAUUGUGUUAAUAUCGACCAGUGUUUUGGGAGCUGCUGUUAUGCUCAAAAUUUCCUUUCCGGCAAUUACAGAGUUUGCAGUAUAUGACGUGCCUUCAAUCUAUAACGUCGUCGUUUCAUGGCUGAGACCUCCGUAUUUAUACCUAGUCAUCAACUGUAUUAUAAUCGCUAUCGUGGCUACCUCAAAACUGCAGUCCAAAAAACAUGAUCUGUCUCCGGCCACGGCGCCGGCGCCGUUCGACACCAUGGUUCAUUUGCAGCCCCAACCGGUGAUGCCGAUUGUGAAAAACGUUCAAACCGAUUAUGAGUCAGUAGCUGAGUACAAGUACAGCGGCGUCGUUUUGAGUAAUAACUAUGGUUACGAAGUAGAAAUGGGGAAAGGACUCGGGUUUGACGCGUGUGUACAAGAGAAUGCGAGGAUUAUUGGCAAUGAAACGCCGUUCACGGCCAAUGUUGCCGCUCCGGCUGCCGCUAUUUUUAAGGAUGAUUCGAUGAGUAACAAGGAGAAUGAGUUUGUCAUUUCGAAAUCUACGCGGAUGCUUUCGGUGAAUGAAGAUUCAACGGAAUAUUAUACACCGAAAGGGAAGCUGCCGGCUUCUGUAAGGUUCGGUCACCGGAGAAAUGUCAAAUCCAGUCCCGAUGGUGGCAAGUCGUUAUUGGGUGUUUCAAAAGCGAAAAGGCACGACACAUUGGAGAGUAUGUGGAAAACGAUCACAGACGGACGGGCAGUGCCAUUAACUAGGCACUUGAGAAAGUCCGACACCUGGGAGAGAGACAACCAACAUCACCACAGCAGUCACCACCAGCAGCAACAGCUAGAGAAGACCCCACAAAAGAUGACCAAAGCUGAAACAUUCAAAGACCGUACAAAUGCUACAAGCCCUUUAUCGACUCCAUCACCUGGUGGUGGUGGCUUGGGAAAACUCAGGAAGGAACCAUCGCUCGGUCAGGACGAGCUGAAUAAGCGAGUGGAGGCGUUCAUCAAGAAAUUCAAUGAAGAGAUGAGAUUGCAACGACAAGAGUCUCUGAACCAAUACAUGGAAAUGAUCAAUCGCGGCUCUCAUUAA